UGGGUGGGCUGGAGGAGGCCGGGUUCUCAGGCGCGCGCAGCCGCAGAGCCCCACAGCCUGGCCCGUUAGCCGGGUUGCUGCGCAUUUGCCAGCCAGUUCGCCCGUCCGUCCGGAGCCCGGCUCGCUGGGGCAGCAUGGCGGGGUUGCUGCUGCUUCGCGAGCCGCGGGCCGGGGGCGUCGGCCUUUUGGUUGUGCUGCUGUUGGGUUUACUUCGACCACCCGCUGCGUUGUGCGUCCGGCCGGUAAAGGAGUCCCGCAACCUGGGCGCAGCCUCACCGCCCCAGGCCGAAGCAGGCGCUCCCCGCCGCUUCCGGCGGGCUGUGCUCCGCGGAGAGGCGGCGGGAGCUGUGCAGGAGCUGGCGCGGGCGCUGGCGCACCUGCUGGAGGCCGAGAGGCAGGAGCGGGCGCGGGCUGAAGCGCAGGAGGCCGAGGACCAGCAGGCCCGCAUGCUGGCGCAGAUGCUGCGCAGCUGGGGUGCGCCCCGCACCACCGAUCCCGCUCUAGGUUUGGAGGACGACCCGGACGCGCCCGCCGCGCAGCUCGCCCGCGCCCUGCUCCGCGCCCGCCUGGACCCGGCAGCUUUUGCCGCUCAGCUGGCGCCCGCUCCGGGCCCCGCCGCCCCGCUCCGACCCCGGCCCCCAGUCUAUGACGACGGACCCCCUGCGCCCCCCGAGGCUGAUGAAGCGGGCGACGAAGCGCCCGAUGUGGACCCAGAGUUACUGAGGUAUUUGUUGGGGCGGCUCCUCUCGGGAAGCCCAGAUCAGGAAUCUGCGGCUGCUCCACGCCGCCUCCGCCGCUCUGCUGACCCGGACAUGGCCCCGGACGCGCCCCCCGAGGGCAUGCUGGGGGCCUUGCUGCGUGUCAAACGCCUGGAGACUCCUGCUCAGCAGGGACCAGGCCGCCGCCUUUUGCCACCCUGAGCAUGGCCUGAAUCCGCAGUGCCCUCGGGCCCAGGCCCAGCGCCCCCUUCCCCAUCUCUCCCCACCCUAGACUGCCCGCCAUCACUUGGAGCGGAGCGCACGUUACCAGCACCCCCCUCCCGCCUGCCGCAGUCGCUGCCUUCCAGCCCCACAAUAAAGAAGCAGUGAAGCAGCA